AUGGCCAGUACUACUCAUGAACCAACUUCUUUUUGCGAGGUGAGGAAGGAACCUCUUUUGGUGAAACCCUCUGAACCCAUUUCAACUUCUUUCUGCGUGAUGAGAAAGGAACCUCUUUUGGUGAAACCCUCUGCACCCAUACCUCGUCACGACAUUUUUCUCUCAACGAUUGACAAUUAUACCGCCCUCGAGAAUUUCACGCACACCCUCUAUGUUUAUCGUCCGAUCGCUGUGGCCCCUCCCAAUAGUAAUUGCCCCGAUCCUGUUUCUGUUCUGAAACAGGGUCUGGCUAGAACUCUCGUGUUUUACUACCCUCUCGCCGGAAAAAUCAUGAGGUACGACCCUGACCGAAGCCUUCGCAUAACGUUCAACUCGGAUGAAGAAGAUAUUGGAGUCCCGUUCCUUGAGGCAGCCGUACUGGAUUGCGAUCUGAAAUCUCUUAAUUAUAUGGAUGGAGAGAUUACGUCGGUAUUCAAAGAUUUCAUAUUUUAUAACCAGCCGCCCAUCAAUAAGGAUCAAGAACCAUACCACCCUCUCCGUCUCCAAGUAACUGUGUUCCCCUGCGGCGGAUUCAUCGUCGGGAUGAGCAUAUUGCACUCUAUUGUUGACGUGUUUGGAGCUGCUCAGUUUUUUAAAGCGUUGGCCGAAAUGGCCGGCGGGAAGGUUGAACCGUCGGUGAUUCCUGCUUGGGAAAGGGAAAUGCUGAUAGUAAGUAUUAUGCCAGAUGAGGAGAAGGAGAUGGGUAAUAAUAAUAAUAAUAAUAAUAAUUCUCAGCCAAACAAUUUGCCAGAAUCCCAGCAUCUUUCCUCUGAGUUGAUAAAUGAAUGCGUCAAUAUAUCUAGCGACGGAAUAAAGAGGCUAAAGCUUGAAUUAGCGACAGAAAUAGGAGACGACGUCACCACAUUCGAGGCACUAAGCUCUUACAUUUGGAGAUCGAGAUUCAAAGCUUUGGAGUUUAACCCAGAUGACAAAACGGUAUUUGUCAUGAUGGUGGGGUUGAGAGAUCGCUUAGAUCAUCCAAAACUACCAAAGGGAUAUUAUGGGAGAGACCUAGUUGAGGGGCCUCUCUCGAAAAUGGUUAAGUUGAUUAAAGAGACCAAGAACAUCUGUUCUCAGCCCGAGUUCAUUCGACGUUCAUUGAGUUCAUCGGAGAGGACUUGA